UUGCACGUCCACCACGUACAACAACGAGCGCAGGGAGGAAGCUUUAGCGACCCGGCCUGGUUGACUCCUCCAGCCUAAAUGUCGACCAGGACGAAAGCAGCCAAACCUCGGAGUGCGGGCGGCCGAGUUCGCUCAUCUCCUGUAGCUAUCCUCGAUACUCAAGACUCGUCCUCGUCUGCCUCUUUCGGAAAGGGUAUGCGCCGGUCUUCAAGAAUUAGGUCUAAAAAAUCUAUAAUGGAUUCACAAUCCUCCUACGAGUCAAUAUCCAUGUUCGACGCAUCUCUGGUACAAUCAGCUGCUCAAAUUCCUUCACAACCUGUGGCCGGUCCAUCGCGACUACCUGUUCUUCACAUCCCCUCAACAGUAAUGGAAGAGUCAGAAGUUGAGACGCAUCAAACGAAUGUGUCCAUUGGAUCCCUUCCCGAUCCGUCACACUAUACUAUUACCCUCGCCGUUCCGCCAUCAGUCUCAGAUAAGCUGUCAGAGAACGACAGACGUGAUUGGUAUGUCAAGGGAGAAGAGAUGAUCGUGGACGCUAAGCGAGGGAAAGAGAAAGAAGGGAUAUUGGAUAGACGAUGGGGUAUGUUUGGAAAAGGGAAAGGGAAGCAAAGGGCUGACGACGGGGUGGUAUGGUACGGCGCUGGGAUGAGGUUUCCUUGCCUUUGCUCCUUCCCAUCCCUCAAGUCAUUCGCGUUGGCAAAUUCCCCUCCUCUGAACUCGUACCUUACCCCUCUUGAACCUCAUCCCAAACCCAACCAAGUCCCACGAGUUGGUGCCAAUUUACCCAAUUGGUCGAAGAAGGAAAACUUUAGAGACACUGAUCCAAGCUUGGAAGAGAUGGAUGAAUUUGAGACGGACUGGAAGAAUGUACCACCGGCACCUCUUCCUCCACCGCCUCCUGUGGAGAUAUCGAGGAACGACGUGACGGAUGAAUGGGAAAGACUGCCUGUCCAACCUGCGCGGUCGCCUCAGCUGGAAGCAGGCCCUUCUCGACAGCCUACGACAACAAAAAAAGCAUCAGAAUCACUGUUACAGCCACAAAUCAUAUCUCCAAUACUAAAUACCGACGCCUCGGAGAUCUCGAAACAAUAUAAAAGAUGGUGGCGCAAAGAAGUUCAUUCUGACCCAUCAUACGGUCUCAUGUUCUCUAUUCUGCCAACUCCGCAUUCCCAACCUCCACCUCGCAAAGCACCUCAACGACGCUCUUCGAGCGAGAGGCUAGUAUACCCUUACAAACUACCCCGAGCAUACUAUACCUUUCCCGACUCUCAUCCAUAUCACCCCGAUAUCUCCUACUAUUGCUUCAAAAGACCUAUGGCGAGAGUAUAUUGGGUGAUACCGAUUCAUGGGCCAGUGUUGAUACCAGGCGUAAACCAUCCUAUUGAUCUCGCCGUACAGAACGGAAGUGAGGAGGUGGGAGAUACACGGCUAAAAGGUUUGAUACCUUCUUCUGCUACCUUUGCUCCUUCUUCUUCAUCGCCUUCCGCCCCAGUUCAACCCAUUCCUUCCUCAUCAUCCAUCCCUUUUUCUCCUUCCGUCUCAGAAACACAUCUACAGCCACAACCUUCAGCAGCGACAAUCCACUGGACCCCUCCCAAACUUUCAUGGUUUUUGCAAAAAUGGGUCCGCGAAUCAUGGGCUGACGAUCCCAGAGGUUGGUUCGGCUCUCUUUCAUGGACCCUGGCUGGUCCAAGCGUAUCGAAUUGGAUAUCCUUGCCAGAGACCCCACGCGAAUUAGGUUCGCACGUCUGUGUUCGCUCGUCGACGGCCAAAGACGGAGAGACAAGUAAAUGUGAAAGGAAAGCAGUGAAACCCCAAAUGGGCGACCAUCUCCGCAUGUAUUGUGACGCGGAACGUGCACUGGAAUUGCGUCUUUUUAUCUCGAAAGCUUGGGUUCCUACACGAGACUUUUCGGGACAGGAUAGAAAGCUAUCAGAGGAAGAGGAGGCAGGGUUGGACAAGGAGAGGAUAAUGGGGAAAGUGAGGCUUUGUUUGGUCGGGGAUAGGGGGGAAGCGUUGGUUGUUGCUUGAUGAGGAACUUGAACCCUGUUGUUUGAUCAGACAUAUUAUGUAUACCAUCCUGUCCUGUAACAUACACUGCACUGUUGAAUGCAAGCUGG